UGUACGGAAUAUUCAUAACAUUGAACCAGUGUUCACUGAUUUUUUGUGUGAAAUUUGCAACAAAUAUUUUAAAUCUAAAAAUACUUUGGAUACACACAUCAAAAAGUUUCAUCAAACCAAUGAUAAUGAAGGGAAGAAGAAAGAAACUCGAAUAAUUUGUCCCAAUAGUGAAUGUAAAGAACCCAUGUUCUCUUAUGCUAAAUUAAAUAUUCAUUUAUCUCAAAUACAUGCAUUUAAUGAAAAAGUGAAAGAUGUGGAAUUUCCAAGCAUCCUAGAAUAUGAGACAUGGAAAAGAGAAGAAGAACAAAAAAGUUUUUCAAUGUUUGUUAUGGAUAGAGCAAUGUCUAAAUUGCGUGAUGGACGUAAAAGACAAUAUUAUUAUUGUCAUCGAUCAUAUAACCACAGUAAUAAGAAUGAAAACCAUGAAAAAAAGGAGAAAGCAAGAGAAACUAAAUUCAUGGGAAGUAAUAAAAUAAAGGGAACUUGUCCAGCAAUGAUGAAAGUUACAUAUUUAGAACAUGAAGGGACAGUUCACGUUAAGUUUUGGGAAAAUCAUUAUGGCCAUGACAAUGAAAUUGGAAGAAUUAGAAUUGACGAAGAAACCAGGACAAAAAUUGCUGGUAUUACUACAUACUUUUACAAAUUAUUAUGAAUUUAAUUUAAUUAUAUUUACUUUUU